AUGGCAAAGACUAAAGCAAAACAAACAUUGCCCCUACACAAGGUCAUCAUGGUUGGCUCUGGUGGUGUCGGCAAAUCAGCAUUGACAUUGCAGUACAUGUAUGGCGAUUUCGUCGAGGAGUACGAUCCUACCAAAGCCGACUCAUACCGUAAGAAAGUGGUGCUCGAUAACCAAGACUGCCAGAUUGAUAUUCUCGAUACAGCGGGUCAGGAGGAAUAUGCAGCAAUUCGAGACAACUAUUAUCGCUCUGGUGAAGGAUUCAUGUGCGUGUUCUCUGUAUGUGAGCACGAAUCGUUGGAGCAUACUCAAGAAUUUCGUGAUCAAAUCUUGCGUGUAUUAGACGAUGAAACGGUGCCCUUUGUUCUAGUGGGUAAUAAGGUCGACUUGGCACAUCUGCGCAAGGUACCUGGUAGCGAAGCAUCUGCACUAGCUAGCGAAUGGAAUUGCCCAUACAUUGAAACUUCGGCCAAGACCAGACAAAAUGUCGAGCAAGUGUAUACCACUCUCAUGCGUCAAAUCCGUGACAGAAAGGCAAAACAACAAACCACUGCCAAUCCUGAUAAGGACUCUUGCUGCAUUAUCCUCUAA